CCAUUUUGUCCCGCCUAAAUCCGUUUCGAAAUGCAUCGAGAACGAAACAGAUUAACAGAGACACCUCCGGCGAAGCAAGAGAGCGAGGGGCUGAGGGCAGGGAAUGGAGUCGAUAGAGAUUGAGACAGCGGCACAGAGUUUGGAGAGAUCGGUGGUCUUCCAUGUCGUCAAAGAAAUGGUUGGUUUUGUCCUCUACAUGCACCAACAGAUCCCGGCCAUCUUGCAGGAUCUUAGCCAUGAAUAUGAUACACUGCAAGAAGAACUUAAAAGUUUGGACUUGGUUCGAACGCAAACAAAUGUGAAAGCUUCUUCUCAAAGGAAGCACAUUGGAAAUAUGAGAGAGGUGAAGCAGGGAAUUAAGAAGUUGGGAAAGUUGAUGAAUUCCAUCUUCAGUCUCCAAACUGCCAUCCAACUAAUGCUUAAUGAGAUUCCUGACAUCCAUGAAAUCAUUUUAAUCCUUGGAGCUAGUCCAUUACGGCCAAAAUAUGUUUAUGAGAUGUGCUUUUCAUGUGGAAAGUCUUUUCAAGGAAGUGUGAAUGAUUUCUCCAAAAGUAAAACAGCAGAAACGCUUUCAAGAAAGGUUAUUAGGUCACUGAUUUCUAAGGGUGCAGGAUCCAGUACUUAUGCAGGCCCCAUGAAGCUAUUUCUUUUGGUUAAAGCUCCCUCAACUUUCAGUCUGCCUCUUCAUUUUCUUCCUAAGCGGGACUACAGAUACAGCAAAAAGAUAUCACCGUUCAGAUUAUGCAUCAGGUGUAGGACUCAUGAUCAGGAUAUGGAUGCUUCACAUAAUGAUCCUGUAGCUUCUCAAACUGCUAGUUAUACUAGCAUUCCAGAUUCCACUGGAAACAAUUUAAUCUGGUUUCAGUGUAAACACACAAUCAAGGGCUUAGCUUCCAGAACACCAUUAGAGGAGUAGUGGGAACUUUGUAUGCUCAGUUGUUCCUUGUGUCUCUUCCUUUCCCUGCUGCACUACCAUGUAAUAUACCAGAAUGAAAACAUGUUUCAUGUUCUUUUCAGUUGUAUUGUAUGUAACACAAUUACCCAAAAAAGAUUUAUGGUUUCUUCUGAUAUGGAAAUAGAUAUGGGGUCUAGUUAUCCUUUGUCACUUACAUUUCACAUGGAAGAUAUGUUGUAUCUA